AUGAGUCGAAUCCAUUUCAAAGCUCCAGCACGGCUGGGCUACCAAUAUCAGAUCCGACCCUUGUCGACUCAGCUAGGCAAGCUCACAAGCCACCCAACUUCGAUCCGCCCGUCAAAGACUGAGAUCCAACAAACCCGACUCUCGGCCCAAAACAUGGAGGUUGCAGUUCGUAGCCUCCAUCGAGAUGGCCUUGUCGUUGUCGAAAAUGUUAUCCCUCACGAAGCCCUCGACAGUCUCAAUAGCAAAAUGGUCGAAGAUGCGUACCAUCUUUAUUCCAGAAAGGGUGAUAGCCCCUUCAACUAUAACCCUGGAAACAUCCAGCAAGAUGCUCCACCCGUCAAGGAACAUUUUGAUCCCCGCAUAUUCUUGAAUCCAAUCGCAACUCAGAUCACAUCCGCAGCACUAGGACCCCGCCCAAAAUGGACAUUCUGUUCCGGCAAUAGCGCAAUGCCUCCUACAGCAGAGAACCCUCUUAUGUCUCAGCCCGUUCACUCCGAUGCCGACUUUGCGCACCCUGAUCACCCAUUCGCAUUGGUAAUCAAUGUGCCUCUUAUCACAAUGACCCCGGAGAACGGGUCCACGGAAGUGUGGCUGGGCACACAUACUGAUUCCGGACUCCAUGUUCAAGAGGGAGCCCACGGUGAGCGCGCAAGCGGGCGAAUCAAUCUAGACGAGCUUGAAAAGCGCCGUGUUGAGAGACCUCCCUGUCAGCCUAUCGUGCCCAAGGGCUCCCUUGUCAUUCGAGACUUGCGUCUCUGGCAUGCUGGGAUCGGUAAUCAGACCCAAGUGCCACGCAUUAUGCUAGCCAUGAUUCAUUUUGCUUCCUGGUACCGGAAUCCUAUGAAGUUGGAGUUUGCUGAUAACUUGAAGUCCCUUAUUGAGGGCCAGAAUGAUUUGGAAGUCCCGGUUGAUUGGGUCAGCGAGUCCGAUGCUCUCUCGAAUUAUCUAAAUCGUGGCUUUGGCAAUGCGUAUGACUUCAACCAAUCGCCUUAA